UUUGCUGCCGAGGUCCCGUCACCGAACCCUCACCGAAGCUUUGACCGAGAAGGCCGCCAGGUGAGCCUUUGCCGCCCAAUAACGUAGUGGUACAGACUACCCUCACGUGUGUAACAAACACAACCGGCUCUCAUCUGUUUGCACCCAACACGUCUAAUGUCCAUCUACUCACUCUUUCUCCUUUCAUCUUUCUCACCUCCCAUUAUGCUUCCCGCCGGCCACGAUAUCCGAUCAUAGCUUCACGAUGACCCCGUCGGACAGAGACGACAGAGACGAAAAGCACCCAGAUAGGCCCGAGCAAAUCCUAUCUCAGGCUUUCUCGCAGCUAACACUCAUCGAUGGAUCACCUGACAUCGGCCUUCGACAAGCAAAUCUACGCCAUCUUGUCACAAAAAUCUCGCCUUGGGAACUGAUCUACCUGCGAUCUUUGAUCCAGCAGACGACUCCCAGGCUUGCAGACUUGCCCAACCUUCCUGAAGAGGUCGUCGCCGCGAUAUCCGCCCUGCUCGACUGCCCCGAUAUCCUCACGUGCACAAGGGUUUCCAAGGCAUGGCGAAGAGCUUGGACGGCCGACCUUGUCGCCAAGGAUGUUAUGCGAGCCCACUUCCCCGGUCUGAUCGAGCUGUCACCCGAGGAGGCGUCGCCCUGGCUCCUCCUUCGGCCAGCUCUAGAAAGGGUCGUUUCUGUUGCUCGUGGUGAAUGCAUAUCAUCCAUCUUCAUCGAAACGACGGGACCUUCCCUGCUUAAAUGCACCACCGUGCUGAAGCUUGACGCCCGCGCUUGUGAAUAUGCCAAGCACAACACCAUCAGCCCAUCAGACCCGUCUCCCGGUGGUGCCGGUCACGGUCCCGGACACCAAGCCUCCAACGACUUCGCUUAUUGCGAUGGAAAAGUUGCUUGGCAAUGGGACGAUUACAGUUUUUUUGUUGACGACAUUCGUGCCUUGACGAGAACCUUGGUUUCACCCUCUGACCUCGUCGUCAAGGGCGAAAAACACUUCACCGUAUGCGCGUUGUCAACCCAGCUUCUCGUCCUCGUCAACUCUCUCACAAUGAGGUCCUUGAUUGUUUGCCAUCUCGAGAAAGGGCAAUACCGACGAGUGACCCUGCCUUCCCGCAUGCACGAAAUCACCCUUGACAAGGAGACUUUCGUCGUCAUAUUCGGCCCUACCCUCUCUCGAGCAGAUCCACAUGUAUGGCGCUGGGAGAGUGGUCUCGCCAAGCUGAAGGUGCCCAGUUUCACCGAAAUCCCCGAAAUUCGCAAGCUCAUCGACAAGUUCUCCUGCAAACUUAAGCCCUAUGAAGCGGCUUGCAUGGUGUACUUUAUGCAUCAUUCGACUGAUAAAGACCUUCUAUAUCUUGUCACUGGUUUUGAUGUCUGUAAGUCAACCAAACACUCUCAGCAUGGCCGUAUUGCCUGUUUGCAGCCUCUAACACAUCACCAAUCGAAAGUUGCGGCCAGCUCGAUAGACUUCGAUUCGGUCGACACAGUUCACGAGUGUUCCAAUAGCACAUUCGUGAUUGUCAUUCAUAAGUAUGACGCGAUGAAGUAUGUUCAGACAUUCAGCUACGAGACUCCAAUAAUGGAGAGUUCGAUAUCUCUUGACUUGCGACUUCGAUGCCGUCCCAUGAACUCCUACGGGCUCUAUAACCUCGGUUUCAACUUUGGCAGUAAUUGUGCCCGCACAUUCGAUGACGAGUCGCCUGGUACAACGUCUAGGGCGAGGAAGACCCUGAUGGCCACGACCAUUCAUCUGACCAACUUCAAUACGGCAAACGAGACUUUUACGUACCAAAAACGAGCGAUUCGCAGCAUGCCUCGGUGGGAUCAUGAUGUCUACACUUGGCGAAAGGUACUUUCGGCAAGCUAUUUCUGGAACGGUCUCAUUUACUACAUGCAAGAUGAUACUGCUGCUAAGUUUAAACGCGAUGCAUCCAAGUUCAGGGGCGCUGGAGCGCUUUGCAUUGCCACAGAGUCUUCAACGCUGAUCGUGGGCGAAGAAUCGCCUUGGUUCAAAGAAGAUAGGGUAUCUUGGCUCUUUGGAGUAGACGAUGAUUUCUUGGUGACGGUUCACAGGAAGGGGUAUGCUGUAUGGAAUCUAGGCAGCCCUACUUGGAGAGACAAGCCGUGGAUUCCAAGUUUUGGACGCCUCAGACCAGCUGCACCUCCCGAAUCAGAGUACUGGCGGUAGGUCCACACCGCCAGGUGCUUU